AUGGAUAACAAGAAGAGGAUCAUAACAGCCAGCUUCAAUCAAGACGCAACAUGUUUCAGCAUAGGCACCAUAGCCGGCUUCCGCAUAUUCUCCACAGACACGGCCAAACCAAUCUCAAAACGGGAAACUCUGACAAUCAAUGAAAACAACGAGGAUGGCGCACACCUGCCAGACGACUCAAAGGGAACUACUGCUCCUGCUGCUGCCACCUCAAGGUCACAGCGGUUCAUGGGUGGAAUUGCUAUUGUCGAAAUGCUGCAAAAGAGUAAUUAUAUGGCAUUGGUUGGUGGUGGUAAACAGCCUGCAUUUCCUGCUAAUCGAGUCAUGAUAUGGGAUGAUGCAAAGGAGAAAAUGGUCAUUGAAAUGGAAUUCUUGAGUCAGGUCAAGGCUGUCAAACUACGAAGAGAUCGUAUUAUUGUCGCACUACUGAACAAGGUCUUUGUAUAUACUUUCUCGGCCAAACCUCAACGUCUCUACACAUUCGAGACCGUCGAUAACGAUCUAGGUUUAUUGGCAGUCACUCCAUCUCCCUUCUCACCUCCAUUAUCAUCCACUUCCAAUACAAGUAAAAUACCAUAUACAGCACUCCUCGCAUUCCCUGGUCGCACCAAAGGGCAAAUCCAACUGGUCGACCUACGUGUAUCUUCGUCCUCGGCGAUAUCUGCAACCCCUUCAUCCACAAACAUCACAUCGUCGCUACAACCAUCUGUAUCUAUAAUAGCCGCACACAAUACACCACUAGCCGCACUCUCCGUAUCCAAUCAAGGUCACUUGCUCGCCUCAGCCUCGGAAACUGGAACCCUGAUACGGAUUUACGAGACAAAGUCUGGACGUCUGUUGAAUGAACUGAGGAGGGGUGCUGAUCGAGCUGAUAUAUACUGCAUUGCAUUCAAUCCGUCAGCUACUAGAGUAGUCGUUGCUUCGGAUAAAACUACAAUACAUAUCUUCAACUUGACUGCAUCGAAUGGACGUGGAGGCAGUGGUGGUAGUAUGAGCAUGGCACAAGCAGGUCCGUCUCGACCCAUAUCACGACCACCACAACAACAAUAUAGUAGAAUCACGCCACAAACUUCGGAUAGACCAGCACUGCCUGCCCGAACUCCAUCAGUAUAUAGCGACAGACCACACACCAGCAGUGCUAGCAGCAGUAGUCAUAAUGCUACCGGUACAUCAUCAUCAUCAUCAACGGCAACAGCAAGUGCAUACUCGGCCUUGUCAAGUCUAACGAGUUCCCUAAAACCGGGUAAUCGAUCAUCACCACUUUCCUUCCUAUCUCCAUACAUCCCUAUGGUUGGAACAUACUUGUCUUCCGAAUGGUCGUUUGCUCAAUUCACUCUUCCGUACGAGUGCAAAACUAUAGUCGCUUUCGUACCAAGAUCUGGAAACAACAAUGGUAACCACAGCAGCAGCAAUAGUAAUACUAAUUAUAGUACAGGUGGUGGCUACCCAACUACAACUCCUUCGUCAUCAUCAGCAGUGGCAACAGCAGCUAUAGAUGAAUAUACGUCUCUCGUUGCCCUAUGUAAUGAUGGAUCCUUGUACAGAUUCACAUUUGAUCCAAUAUUGGGUGGAGAGUGCGUGAGGGAAAAGUAUCAGCGAUUCUUUAGAGGUGUGUCUGCUGAACUGCCAGAUGAAGAAUGGGAGGAAGAUAUGGGUUGA